GCUAGCAAGCAUAGGAAGAAAAAGAACUCAAGGGAAAAGAAGCGGAGGGUGCCCUGGGGGUACCCAGGGGGCUUGAAAAUUAAUUUUAAAUAUAUCAAAGCAAAGAAAGGUACCAAAAAAAUCACACAGAAAAAACAACAACAAACAAGCAGCAAAAUCCAAACUCAAGAAAUCACCCGCAUUGUUAAAGGAAUUCGGAAGCCAAGAUGUUGGAUUCCAUCCACCCAGCCCUCCUCGAAAUAGGCAGACAAGUGUUCCCCACACUGCCUUCACUGUCUCAAGAUGAAGUGUCUAAUAUCUGGGCAAAUGUAUCUGAAUUUGUGGAACGGCAGUUAUCUUUGCGCAAGGGGGUCCAGAUUCCAGGAUUUGGAACCUUCACCUUCAUAAGGCAAAGGCUAGAUGUGGGAAACAAUAAGUUUAUUCUACUUCAGAGACCCGUGUUUGUGAUGGCUGAGAAGUUUGCCCAAAUGCAUGGGCUCAGGCAAAACAAAGUAUUUACUCCUGGUGAUAUCCCGGUCGUUCAGCUUAAUUUUGUCAUGAUAUCCUUGGAGGGACCUUUUAACAGGGAUGUGGUGGAAGGAUGUGUGAAGGAAACAUUGCUCUUUUUAUCCCGAUCAAUUUCUAUCAAACAAAAUGUGGAAUUUACAUUCAAAGGAAUAGGAGUCCUCAUGAUUAGAGACAGCAAAGUGAAGAUGAGGUUUUAUAAGGACUUCCUGUGUGCCAUGGAUGGAAGUGGGAAUCUGGUUAAAGCUCUUUCAAAUAGGCCUGGGACAACAGACUCAGUGAUAUCUAACAGAGAGGGCACUUCAGCGCGACCUUGUAGUGUAUUUGCUUUUCCAAGGAUUGAGCCCAAGGAUGGGGAAACCAAACCACCUAUAGAAACCAUCCGAGAAGUUGACUCGCCUGGCCCUGUAGAGCCCAAGAGCAAAGAGCCGGGAGAAAAAGAAGAAGUCAGAGAGAGUAUUUCAGCCAAGAGGCUCCGGGCUAGGCAAGCUAUCUCUCCAGUCAAAGUGACAGGAAUCAACUUGAUAGACAGGGUGGAGAAGAACAAUGGUAUAAAGACUCCGGGUCCUGAAAGAAUAAAAUCGCCAAGUUCUCCAAAACCUUCAGAAGCAGAUCUGAAGCCAAAGACUCCUGUUGUCCCACUUUGCCAGGGCCAUGUGAAAGCUGGACAGGAGAUGUGCUAUGUAUGCUUACAACGAUCCCAGCGGAAUGUACCAGUAUACUACAAUGAAGAGAAGAAAAGGAAGGAAAUAGAAGAUGAUCGGAUCAUACAGCAGUAUCAAGUGCUGAAAGACCAAGAGGCACUCUAUAGACAUCAGGCUAAAAAUAUGGCCAUUAGAGAACAAAAUCAGAAAAAUGCUGCAUAUAAUCUUGGAGUUGCUGAAGCUAUUAGAAGCCACAAGAUUGAGAAACCUGAGUAUUAUAGAUCCUUUAUUUUUGACAAACGACCACAUAGUCCAGAAAUAAAUUCUGCUAAGCAGGAGGAGUAUUCCCAAGGUCUACUGAAACAAAUGGAGAGCAGACGAGAAAAGGAAAUGAAGCAGAAACAGAAUGCUGAGCUAAUGGACCGCCUAGAACAAGUGCAGCUCACAGAAGACCUAGCUGCUCAGCGAUCAAAGUACUUAAAAGAUAGGAUGGAAGAAGCACAAUAUUACAAGAGGGCCUUGGAUGUACAGAUAAAAAACAGGCCACCUCCACUGCCCAUGUAUGAGCCAGAUUCAUCAGAGCCCAUCUUUGGGAAGAUGGACAUGAGCAACCAGCUUAUGUUGGAGAGGAAGCAGCGGGAGCAAAAGUACAUGAAGCACCAGAUGCAGUCGGUCGCAGACCACAAGAGAACAGCAAUCCUACGCCAGCUGGUGGAUCAAAGGCGGGAUGUAGAGAUGUUACAGAAGACCCAGAGAGAGCACUUGGCAGAGCGAAUGGCGGAGCUUGAGAGGGCAAUGAAGAUGAACCAGGGUCUGCAGGAGAACUGGGAGAAGAGUGCAGAGCUGAAGAGGCAUCGGGACAUGGAGGAGAAGAUAUUUAAACGGGCUUCCGACAAGCUGUUCAUCUUGGAUCAGUGCGAAAAGUAUCGACGUUGUUGCCAGUGUAAGAGGCGUCUGAACAACUGUGGGGAAACUAACCUGUGGCCGAUGACCAAACAUUUACAUGGCUCCAGACUGCUGGUUUAAAAAAAAUGUUUGGGCCUGGGUUU